UUUUUUUUGGCGCACCUGAAAAAAUGAUAGAAAUAUUUAGCUCGCUGGCUUUAGCCUUCACGCUUUUAUUGGCGGUGGUUCUGGCUCACAUAACUGCAGGUAUGAGAAAAAAGAAAUUAACCAUCGACAGAAAAGGAGAGCUCAGCAACAAGUACAAAAUUGAUUUUGAUUUAAUUGCGCAACGAAUGAAACGUAAGAAUGUAAUAAAUGUCGAUGACAUAAGUGACGAGGAAUUGUUAGUCAUUCUGUUCACAGCGAAGAAGUUUGAGUCUUUGCUAAAAAAUAAGGAGGACACCAAGUUCCUGGACAAUAAAGUUUUCUGUAGUAUCUUCCUGGAGCCUAGUACAAGAACGAGAUGUUCCUUCGACUCGGCAAUUUUGAGACUGGGUUCGAAGGUGAUAAAUAUUACGGACAUGAAUUCCACGUCAUUUUACAAAGGGGAAACUGUCCAGGACGCGUUCACCAUUUUUGCGAAAUACGUGGACGGGAUUAUAUACCGGGAUCCCUCGAAUAACAAUGUAGACCUCGCCGUCGCCUCGUCCGACAAGCCAAUCAUCAACGCGGGAAAUGGCACAGGGGAACACCCAACGCAGUCUCUCCUUGACUUCUACACCAUAUACAACUUCUUCCCACACAUUUUGGAAAGAGACAUAAACCAAAAAAUAAACGUCGCCUUUGUUGGAGAUUUAAAAAAUGGAAGGACUGUCCACUCACUUAGCAAAUUACUUAGCAGAUAUAAUGUCAAUUUUAAUUUUAUAUCAUGCAAGUCGCUGGACAUUCCCGAAAAUAUUGUCCAUAUUAUAACGAACAAUUUGAAAAGUAACAAUUUCUACAAUGAAAAUUCUAUCAGAAAAUAUGACAAUUUGGAGAAAGGAUUAAAAGACGUGCAUGUGAUAUACAUGACGCGGAUACAGAAGGAGAGGUUUUCGGACUUAAACGAGUACAAUGCGUAUAAGGAUGCCUUCAUUCUGGAUAACAACAUUUUGAAGAAUACCAGGAUGGAUACAAAGGUCCUGCACCCCCUUCCCAGGGUUAACGAAAUAAAAGUCGAAGUUGAUAACAAUCCCAAAAGUGUGUACUUUUUGCAGGCCGAAAACGGGUUGUAUGUGAGGAUGGCCCUGUUGUAUCUCAUUUUUUCGUAA